AGCGGUGGUCCUGGCGCGUCUAGCGGCCCGCAGCGGGCGCAGCAAGUGUAAACAAAAGGGCUAGUAAGGAGGGCAGCUCUCAGACAGUCUUAAGCACUCUAAAACGUUCUUCAUUGUCCUGUUGUUACAAGCUGAUGAUGUUUGGCAGCGGGGAGCAGCUGGGGGCGGCGUGAGGGUGAGCUGCCCCACCUCACCCGCCAUACUCUGCUCCAGUACCACCAAGCAAAGUAAGACAUUAGUGAGUCAUGGAUCCACUUCUAAUGGAGUGUGAGGACUCGGGCAUCAAGGUGGAAGUGAAGGAGGAGCCAGAAUAUAUAUACGUCGAUGAAUCGGCAUGUCGGGUAAAACUGGAAGAGAAAGAUGACGAGAUUACAUUGCCAAAAGAAGAAAGUGAGAAGAUUGUAGCAGAUAUUGGCCUGUAUAGCAGUCAGCCAACAAGUUUACGGAUUUUAUCUACACGUCGCCGAGGCCGUAGACACAAGAUUCAUCAGAUUAGGUCUCCAGAAUCAAAUACUAUUGGGGCAAUUAGAAAGAUUCUUCCUAGACCACAGAUACAAGUUUCAAACUUAAAUGUUACCAGUGCUCCCCUAGCCAUCUCUCACUGCCAGCCCACUUCCCUAGGUCCUCCAAAACAGAUGCCAGAACUAGUGCCAGAACAACAGCCAUCUGGCACUCAAAGCAUUUCCCUUAAAACUGCUCCGCUACCGCAAGUAACAACCAACGUUGCCAGCAUAGGGCGUAAACUUUUACCCAGAUCACACAAUCCGACUUCUAUAGUCCAAGUUCAGCAGGCAGCAUCCUUACAACAACUGCAUUCUGUUAAUACAUCCACUGCACAACAAACUAUUCCUCUUAAUCAAAUUCACUCUAUUAGUCCAACAAAUAAUUGCAAUAUUAUGCCAAUUCGCCAUUUGCAGUCUAUGCCAAAUACAAACCAUGCUAAUAAUGUUCCACAGCUUAAAGCUGCAAUAUCAGGUCAUAGUCAGAAAGCAAUUGCUAUUGCUCCUCAAAAGUCAACUGUUGCUACUGUUGUUAAGAACCCAAUUUCUGUACCUGUACCACAACUGAAAUUGGCUCCUGGUGUCACUUCUCGGGUUAUCUCCACUCGGGUUAUCUCUAGCUCUUCAGAUAGUACCAAAAAGUGUGGACAAGUUCAGCAAACACAGUUGGCCAGUUCAUGUCAUGGACGUAAGCUUCUGCCACGCCCACAGCAGCAGCCAGCAAUUAGACUACCUGGAAUGGUUAUCCAUCCUCAACAACAAUCUGUGUCCCUGCAACACCUGCAGAAAAUCACCCCCGUCAGCAUGCAUCAGACUGUGCCGCUCCAGCAAAUGCAGUCUAUCCCAGCUUCUAGCCCACAGCAUCCAGUGAAUGUUCAUCAGAUGCAGAAUGUUUGCUCAGUGUCUACACAACAGAAUAUUUCAAUUCAACAGAUUCAGUCUCUAAGUACAGUAAAUGCUCAGCAAAAUGUGGCACUUCAUCCUUUGCAAAAUGUUCCUUCAGUUACUACACAGUCAGUGCCCCUCCAGCCAUUACAAGCCAUACCAUCCAUUAGCUCUCAACACCUGCCUGUACAAAAAUUUCAAACUAUGCCAAGUGGAAACUUACACCAGACCAUGCCUAUACAACAGAUACGUGCUGCACCAUCACGAAAUUCAAAAGUUGUCCCAGUGCAACAAGUAUCAACCAUACCACCUGGAAAUUCACAAGCUAUUCCCAUGCAACAAGUAUCAACCAUACCACCUGGAAAUUCACAAGCUAUUCCCAUGCAACAAGUAUCAACCAUACCACCUGGAAAUUCACAAGCUAUUUCUGUACAACAAGUAUCAACCAUACCAUCUGGAAAUUCACAAGCUAUUCCCAUGCAACAAGUAUCAACCAUACCACCUGAGAAUUCACAAGCUAUUCCCAUGCAACAAGUAUCAUCCAUACCAUCUGGAAAUUCACAAGCUAUCCCAGCGCAACCAGUAUCAACCAUACCAUCUGGAAAUUCACAAGCUAUCCCAAUGCAACAAAUAUCGACCAUACCAUCUGGAAAUUCACAAGCUAUCCAGCUACACCAAGAACCUGCAGUGUCUUCUGGAAUACCACAACAGCAAAUGCCUCUACAACACUUGCAUUCUGGAAGUUCUCAGCAAAGUAUCAAUCUACAAAAUUUACAAAUCAUAACAACCAGAAGUUCACCACUAACUAUACCAGUGCAGCAAGUGCAACAAGUUACCUCAGGGAAUGCAAACCAAAUUAUGCCUGUACAACAACUCCAAGCGAUUCCUUCAGCAAAUAACUACCAGGCUACACCCUUCCAACAAGUGCAAUCCAACACUACAGCAAGCACAGAGCAAGCAAUGUCUCUUCAACAGUUCCACACAAUGAUUCCAACCAGUCAACAGCAAACAAUGCCUCUUCAGCAGAUGCAGAUUAUCCAGUCUACUUGCCCACAACAAGGUAUAUCACUUCAGCAGCUGCAGUCCAUGACGCCUGCUACACAAUCAGUUUUUCCCCUUCAGCAGUACAGCAACAGCAACUUAUCUGUGCCUCUUCAACAAAUGCAGACCCUCCCACAUGCCGGUAAUCAACAAACUUUGCCAUUGCAUCAAUUAAAUUCGGUUAAUCCUGACAUUUCACAGCAUUCUUUGCCUCUUCAGCAGCUCCAAUCAGUGCCUCAGUCAAAGGGAGACCAGAAAGUCUCUAUCCAACAGCUGCAGUCAGUGAGCCAUGGUAAUACACAAACCAACCUUACACUGCAACAAAUGCAAACGUCUUUGCCUUCUUCUAGCUCAAAUCAAGCACCUCUCCAGUAUAUUCAGUCUGUUACUUCAACUGCCAGCCAAGACCUGCCCAUUCACCAGCAGGUACAAUCCAUUAAUAAUGAUAGUAGUUCAAAUAUGUCUAAUGGUAUAGAAUUUCAGUCCAUUGCUUCUUCCAGUCAGGACCAAACUACACCUCAUCUUCAACAGCAGAUGCAGCCUCCAGCUCCAAAUGAAGUGCAUCAUGUUGCACCAGGUAAAACUUCAGUGAAAAUACCAAUAAAGUCUAUCAGGACCAGUACCAUCUUGGGAAAAAAGAAAUUGAAAAGAUUAUGCCAGAAUUUUGCACCUCGUUCUAUCAACGAGAUUAGACCUAUUAAAAAGGUGGGUUCUGUAACUCCAUAUGCUGUUGCACAUAAUAUAAAAAUUCAUAAGAAAAUCUUUAUUCCAAGAAUAAAUGAUAAAGUAGUUCCUCUUCUUCCUCGGCCUGCUGCUGCGCCGAGACCUGGCCGCAGAAUAUUGCCUCGUCCGGAAGUACCAACUACGUCUAACUGUAACACGCUUGCCAUCAGAUUGAAAAAUGUGCAACCUGCAACAUCUACAACUAACUGUAAGAUCUUACCAAAACCAAAUUUACCUGUGUUAGUUCCAGGGCAGAAUUGUAUGUCAAUACCUGAACUUGAAUCAACAACAGCAAGUCUUACCCACAAAACUAUUCUUGUUCAACGACUGCAAUCAUCUUCACAUCAAGCAGCUGCAACUGACAUUAAUAGUAAAGACAUAGCUUUAACAAUAUCAGAAUCAUCUAUUAAUGCUGAUUGUAAUUCUUUUCCCAGUGAUAAAAUAUCUCAUACUGAGGGUACUACUGAUGUUACUCAGGUGUCAGGACAGUUGUUAACCUCUCCUAAACAAUCGCCUCCACCAAGUCCUAAAGUAGAAACUUUUUAUGAUGUAGAAGUUACGGAUACUUUUUAUGAGCCUUCAUUGCCUUCGGAGACAGGAUCUCCAACUCCAGAUACUAAUCGUGAGUUCUCCCCCGUUCUUGAUCAAGAAUCAAUGUUGUCAAAUACAGUUGGUGAACGUGUUGCAUUGCCCCAAGAAGAGUCUGUAGCCACUGAUGACUGUAUUGAAGAUACAUCCCAUUUACAGCUUGAGGAAGAUAUUCCAAGAGCCAUGUCCAUCUCUCGGCAAGCUACAGAUCCAUAUAGUGCUGAAUGUACUCAACAGAAUUAUUUUCAGUCAUCUUGUAUUUCAAAUGAUCCUAGUGUUGACACACAGGAACAGUGUGAUGCCUUCCAAUUUAAAUCUGAAGAGUAUUUGCCCUCUACAGCUGAACAAAUUAAGCCUGAUAUUACUCAUCAUUCUGUGCAGACUAAUCAAUCCAAUUGCUUUACUGUCUCUACUGCAGGUCACAACAAACCCCAAGAGCAUGUUUUGCUUGAUAGUGAUGUUUCUUCAUCUGUUCCUGAAGAGGAUGGUAAUAUAUCUGAAACUGAAUCUGAAUGUGUUUUGCAAGAAAGGCACAAUAAUUCGAUACUUGCCUCAACAUAUACUGCUCAUCUUGGAGACAAACCUUCUGAAACACCUGAUGUUGAACAGCAUCUUGAUCCACCAGACAUUGCCAGUGAUUCUGUUCAAUUGAUACAGCAAGACUGCCUCAUCUCAGAUGUAUCAAGCGAGUUUAAUCCCUCCCAUUCUGGGCAUUAUUAUUCUGCUAAUUAUGCAUUAUCUUCCUCACAACCAUUGUACAGUACUGCAGCAAAUGGAACUGAAUCUCUUUCUACCCAUUCUCAAGCUCAUUCUAUCCCUUGCAUCAUGGAUAAAUCACAGACUUCCUCUCAGCAUGGAUACCCGUUCCUUGAAUCGUCUAAUAUUUGUGUCCCUACUCAGCCAGUGUCAUAUAUUUUAUAUUUAAAUACAAAUACUCCAGUGACUUACACCAGUGCUGCGGAGGUCAAACCUUAUCAUCAAGUAGAAUGUGCAUCUAAUAGCACCACUGGAAACACAGUGCCUAGUCAUGAAUUAAAGCAUUCUGCUACUUGUUCAACAGAAUUGUCUUACCCCACACAAGAUGAAUUAUCUAGCACUAGAAAUUUAUCCCUUGUGCAGGAGCAAUGCUCUUCCUUAGGCUCUGCUGAUCUUUCUGUACCAGUCUCUCAUCUUCAGGUUUUAUCAUCUUCUGAUCAAAAUAACUUGCCAUUUCAACGUAUUACUUCCGCCACAUAUAGUACAACAUGCAGCUAUAACCCAGCACCAGAAACUGGCAUCAGUAGUGAUAAUUAUUGGAGCAAUGCUAGCAGUCCAAAGGUCAUGGAAGAAAUGAACUUCAGUCACCCUCAAAAUGAAAACAAUGAAGAGGCUCGGAAUGUUUCAAUGAGUGACCAGCAACAGGAUGCACAAGUUAGUCCAGACAAAUGUAAGCCGCUGGGAAGUGAAGUAUUAGAAGAGGCAGAAUGUGAAGAGGAUUUGUUUGAUUCUCAGUGUUUACACCCAGGGAGUGAUCCCAACUCUCUCUUGUGUCUUAAAAAGUAUUAUAUCCAAAAGAGAAGAAGAGAAUUGGUGAAAAUAAGUAAGCUGAAAGCCAUGGUGAUAUCACAGAAAAAUACAAUUCAAGCUUUAUGGAAAAAAUUAAGUUUUGAGAAAAAGAGAAAUGCAAAGUUAUAUGAGGAACUUUCAGUAAGUAGAGGCAUUGAAAUGGGCAACUUAGAUAAUUUUGAAGUCUCCAAAUAUAAUAAUGGGGAAGAAAAAAGGCAAAUCAAAAGUAGUAGUAAGGUUAGUGUUACUUCGUCCCUCAGUAAUAAGGCGAGUUAUGCAACCAAGAUUGAAAGAUUAAGACAAAGAACAACUGAUUCUGAUAUUAAUUUUGCGACAGCACAUAGUAGUACUAGCUCCUGUGCCUCAAAAGGUGAACUUCAGUGUCUUAUUCAUAGAUUCAUGAUGCGUGAUGAUGUGUCCCAAGGAAACAAGAAGAACCCUUUACGCUACAGACGGCAUUAUCUCUCGGUGCUUCAUAAACGUUUCAUUGCUGAUUGUUGUAAACAGUGUUCAUUCAAUGUAUUCUGUAGUUACAUUCCACAUACUGUAUUAAAGUGCAAGGCAGAAGAAUUUGAUGUGUGUGUGUGCAUGACUUGUCAGAACCCUGAAUUAAAAAUAGAGAGCAUGGUGAGGAGAAGAUUUUUAAGUAUCACCACAGACAUUGAAGAAAUACUUCUAGAUAAAAAGGCAUUUGACUUGUUAAUCAUGAACUUAAAAUCCUUAAAGUCACGCCAUGCUUUUUUAAAUUAUUCGGCGUGGGCUAUGACUGCCUCUAUAAGCAGCCCAUCUGUUCCUCAGAAAAGAACAGCUACAAAGCCCCUGGUUCAAGUUACAGCAUUGUUGGAAAAAGAGUUACAUACCCUUAGGGAUCACAUAAAGUAUAUAAUUCAGCAGUACGAGGAUGUCUACGAAGCCAAAUGUGAUGCAAAAUCAUCACCGUACCAUGCAGUUAUUCAGACUGACUGGGCUCCUCUGAUCAUUUUGCAUUCUGUUAGUGACAGUGGCAUACCAGAGCCUCAGAGAGUUAUUAGCCUCCAAUGUGGGUAUAUGUGGUCAAUGGCAGAAUCAACUGGAUUUGUGGCACUGUCUGACUCUAGAGAAAGAACAUCUGCAGCAGUCUGUGCAAGUCUGAAUAAGGUUCUUGCCAAAUUAAUAAAUAAUGGAGUAAAAGCCAUAACAUUUAUUGUUGACCCACAACUGCAUAUUUCUGGAGUUUUUGAGUUUGCACGAAAACAUGAAAUUAAGGUUAAAUUUAUUUUUUUGGAACCAGGACAUGAUAGUGGAGUGGCCGUAGUAGUGGGCAACAGUAUCACGCAGCUUAUAUGUGACACCAUUAAUGCUAAUGGAAGUAGUGUUAUUCGAACAGCAAGUGAUGUUUUCAGUCUUAUACGUUCUCAUUCAAGUAAUCUUGUGUACUUUUAUACCAUUGAGGAGAUUUCCCAGCAAAAAGAACUGCUAAACUUGGACAAAAUUUCUAAAAGCAGUAAUAUGCUUAUAAAGCCAAAGAUUUUAGUACCACAUUAGUUUCAGAACUUGAAGGAAAGAUAUUGUUCUUUAUUUUGUCCAUAGUAUCUUAUUCAAUAAAGGUGUGAAAAUGU